UAAAUAUUUUAUUUGAGCUGAGCACUAAAUCAGAUAAAAAGUCUGAGACGUUUUGGUUUGUUUUUGUCACGUUUGUUGUAAUGAGGAGUUUCCCUCACAAUAAAGCUGCGUCCCAAGUUAACUCUCUGUUCUGCAUUUUGGGUCCUUCGUCUUUCCUGCACACAGCACGCCGUGACAGUGAGUCUCUGCCUCUGAGCUGCUUCACUUUUACUUUGGUGGAGUUUGCAGAACUGCCUCCCUCUCCUGCAUUGCUGUGAUCUACUCAGCAGAGGAUUUCAUACUCAACCAGUCAUACACCAUGGAGAUGUCCCACUAUGAAUAUUACUAUAAUGUCAGUGACUACCUAGAUUAUGAUGGAUUUUGUGGUUUUCACAACAACCAGAGUGUGGUGAAGGUGAUCAGCCCGUACAUCCUCUCCAUCUUCUGCAUCCUGGGCCUCGUGGGGAACAGCCUGGUCAUUGUCACCUACGCCUUCUACAAGAGGAUCAAGUGCAUGACUGACAUCUACCUGAUCAACUUGGCCAUAGCCGACCUGCUAUUCGUGCUGGCGCUGCCGUUCAUCGUCUACAACGAGCUGUGGUCGUGGCCGAUGGGGCAGGUGGCCUGCAAGCUGCUGCGCGGCUCCUACAGCGUGAACCUGUACAGCGGCAUGCUGCUGCUCGCCUGCAUCAGCACUGACCGCUACAUCGCCAUUGCCCAGGCUCGGCACAGCCUCAGACCGCGCUUGCUGUCAUACAGCUGCAUCAUCUGCGCCAUCGUCUGGAUCUUCGCCAUACUCGUGUCCGUCCCCACCUUCUACUUCUACGAGUGGUACGAGCCGUCACACCUCAGUGGCAUCAUGCUGGGCAAUGAUAACCAAACCGAGAUCCAGAGCUGGACUCCUGUGUACGUCUGUGAGAUCAAGUUUGAAGACCCAGACAUACCCACGGCAGUGAAGGUGGCCCUCCCCAUCACCCAGAUCAGCGUGGGUUUCUUCCUGCCACUCUUCAUCAUGAUCUUCUGCUUCAGUGGCAUCAUCAUCACCCUGCUGAAGGCCAAAACUCUCCAGCACCACAGAGCGGUGUGGGUGAUGCUGGUGGUUGUGGCUGUUUUCAUCAUCUGCUACCUGCCCUACAACAUACUGCUGCUGUACGACACGGUCACCAUGUUUCAGGAGCGCUCCUGUGAGGAGGUGGACACGCUGGAGAUGGCCCUGACAGUGUCGCAGACCAUUGCUUACAUGCACUGCUGCCUGAACCCGAUGCUGUACGUCUUCGUGGGGGUGAACUUCAGGAACCACUUCAGGAGGAUCUUCAGGGACCUGUGGUGUCUUGGAAAGGCCCCACGCCGCUUCUCCAGAGUCACCUCCGACUUCUAUAUGUCCUCCACUCUGCGCUCGAUGGACGGGUCCAGCAACAGUGGCACUUCUUUCACCAUGUUGAAGACAUCUGUGGGUUGAUCUCUGAAGAUCCAGGUCUCUAACACCAAACCCGAUUCACGUCUGUCCCACCGACGAGAUUCCUCAAGAUAAAGAGAUCUAACGCCGAGCUGCACCUCUUAUUCUGCUUCAUUAUUUUAAUCGUGAAAUAUCCAAACUCCUGCAUUUUCUUUCUUUUGUGAUUUGCGCUGUCAGUGCGCCCCAGGGUGGCUGUGGCUACAAUGUAGCUGCCAUCACCAGUGUGUGAAUGGGUGGAUGACUGGUUGUGUAAAGCGCUUUGGGGUCCUUAGGGACUAGAAAAGCUCUAUACAAAUACAGGCCAUUUACCAUUUUGUGAGUGAUGACUGUCAAUGUUUUGUCACCUGAAACAGGCGGCUGAACGUGCAGAACCGUGAAAACACGUCUGAUUUAAACUCGUCUGAUCUCUCCUUCAUGGCGGCCUCCCCGUGCACCUUCGACCUUUUUCAGCACUGCUGCUGUUUUAAGGACGCCCUGGCGCCAUGCACAGCUCUGCUGACAGUGUGACUCUGGGCGGUGAAUUCACUGUGUUUCAUGCAUGUUUUAGCCUUUACCUGACCUGGAGAUCAGAGUGUGUCUCUUCACCAAUAUUCACAUUCUUAUAAUAAAAAUGCACUAAAAUGUUGGUAUUCAGUUUAAUCAGUACAGUAAAUGAUGUCAGAAAUCACCUGGGCGUUUCCUUUGCAAAAUAGUCAAACAAGAAAAAUAUUCCAAUAAAAUAUUGUAAAUACA